CAGGAAGUUAGCCAUUGUAGCGGUGGGUAGCAGCAUUCUCUCUCUGUGGUUCCCUCUCUCAGUCACAACAAGACAACAUCUAUUGAUCCUGAUCCUGAUCCGUGUUAGGAGGAGGAGUGGGUUCUGAGACGUCCAACUGAAAGAUCACAAACAGCCAUACAUUACCAUUAUUCUCUGGGUGCCGUUGGCAACACCAAUACAAUGAUAACAAAAGAUUUGCCAUCGGAUCACAUCUAUGCGUACGCUCUGUCCAAGACUCUGAUUAAAGUGUCCUCUCCUGCCACGGUGGGCCUCUACUCAUCAUGUCAGAACCGCAUCAACAUGAUCCUCAGAUAUAUAGAGGUCCACAUGGAGCAGGAGGCAGAGAGGAGGGAGCAGAGUUACCAGGGCAGGUCCAAACCUCGUUCCGUCAAAACCUCCAUCACUGGUCUCCUAGCUCUGAUCUGCAGGCUGCUGUUCUACAGACCCGUCUGGACCGAGGAGAACCAGCGACGGAAGAAUGUCCGGUUCAUCUAUGUUCGGUUCUCCGCAUGGCACUUCGCCGGGAGUGACCUCCUCUGGGCAGGGCUGGUGAUGAGACUGUGCCUGGCACUGCAGGAGAGCUUCGGGGAACUUCAGCUGGGCCUGUACCGCGUGGCGCAGCACAACGAGGAGGAUGAGGUGAGGAAGAAGGUGAUUGAAAACACAUCGUCAGAGUGGAGAUCUAAGAAGUUCUGCUGUUUCCCUCUCUGGUCCCUGGUCCUGGCCUUGCUGCUGGCUGCUCUCAUAGUCCUCGUCUUCCUGGUGAGGAAGGAGAUGUGGCUGUUAUCCAGGUUCAUCCAGUUCAUGGAGGUGUUUGAGCAGAGGAGGAUCCGCGUGGUUCUGGAGAUCACUAACCUGGACCGAUGUGCUCCUAAGAAGAUCGUUGGUGUCCUGGAUGCUAUCAGUAUACUGCUCUCUGAUGAGGAGUCCCCCUUUAUCUCUCUGCUGGCAGUCAACCCUGAGGUCCUUGUUCAACAGGUGAACUAUGCAGACGGGUGCUUCAGUCAAGAAGACAGAGCCUAUGCCUUCUUGAACCGCAUCGUGACCCUGGCCUUCACCAUACCGCCACUCUGCCACACCUCCAAGCACAAGGUGUUCUACAAUAUCGUUAGCGGCCAAUCAGAGAUCACGGAAGAAGUCAAGGGUCAUGGGUCAAAGGGGAUCGAGCUGAGAGAGCUGGACCUGGGCAGCCCGAAGUCAUCCCUCUCCUGGAUCGAGAGCACCUCCCAAACAAAGGAGACGUCAAGUUUUCUGAAGGAGGCCAGUAUUCCUUUGACAGACAACAACCACAUCAAGGCGGCGCACGUGGCGUUUGCGCUGAGUGAGGACGAGGUGGACAAGGCAAUAGAAUCUGCGUUGGAGAGCAUCCUGUCCAGUAACAGAGGGAACCUCCACCACUACAUCUCUGAUGACACCAUGUCCAUGAGACGGGUCAUCAACUCCAUCAGGGUGACCGUGGUGCUCAUGGAGGCUCUGAAGACUGACCUGCCCCAGCCAGAGAACAUCGCUGCCUGGGUACUGUAACACCCCCCGUUAUGUUGUGGAGGGAGGGAGAAUGAGGGAGCGAGGGAGAAUGAGGGAGCGAGUGAGAAUGAGGGAGCGAGAGAGAAUGAGGGAGCGAGGGAGAAUGA